GUAAGCGACAACCAUGAUCGUUUACAUGAGGCACAAAAUAUACUGCGUUCGCGCUUAGGGACAUUAGUGACACUACUUUAGAUAGCAAAGUACCGGUAGCCUUUCGACGCGUUUGUUCAACUCAGUGCACGAAAUGCACGCGUACAAAACUGGGGGCGCUCUCGGCGUCAGACUGGCGCGCUCCCGUCCCUUUCAUGUUAAUGUUGCUAACCGCGCAUCCCCUGCAAACGCUGUCCGCCAUAGCCCUACCCAAGCACUGGCUACUCUCGCAUUAGCACGUACAUGCAUGCGACCGGCAGCCCUGGAUCACGCUCGCAGCACCAUGGCAAUGGCCGCUCGCGCGCAAUCACUGCGGCUUCCCCUUCGAUCAGGGCUCUCACCGGCGCUCCCGGGUCGGGGCCUCGCUUGGCGCCAGAACCUGCGGCUAUCGACCUUGGCAUCGCCGCUUGCCGCGGUUCCACAGGACGCAGCCUCCGGCGCCUCCGCCUCCCCGCCCGCCACACCCCAGCCGGCCGCAGUUUCCAACCAGCAGCCCCCUCCCUCCCCCUCCACCCCCACCUCCACCACCCACCGCCCGCUGCCCCUCAGCUCCUCACUGGGCGGCACCCCGGUGCACCCGGGCGGCGGAUACAAGCUGCCCCCGCCCGAGAUUGCCGCCAUCGUGGAGGCGCCCGCACAGCCCUCCCUGUCGUACUCGCCGGACAGGACCAUGUUCCUGCAGCUGUCCCGCCCGCCCUCGCUGCCGCCCAUCUCCGAGCUCUCCCGCCCCGAGCUCAAGCUGGCGGGACUGCGACUGGACCCCGACCAGUACUCGCGGAGCAAGAUGGGCUACUACACGGGCAUGUCGCUGGUCCCCGCCUCCGAGGUGGUGCCCGCGCCCCCGGACAAGUGCCGCCCGCUGUCAGGCUACCCGCCCCACGGCUGGAUCAACUACGUGACGUGGAGUCCGCGGGGGAGCCACAUCGCCUUCACGGUCCGCUACCCGCACGCCCCCUACCGCCCGCUGGAGCUCUACCUCGCCGACCCCGCCACCGGCGAGUGCCGCCCCGCCCUGCCCGCCCCCUGCACCUCGCCGCCCACCCACCUCAUGAACCUGUGCCCCGGCUUCCGAGGCCUCAACACCGUAUUCGAGGACUACACCUGGCUUGACGACGACACGCUGGUGGCGGCGGUGCUGCCGGAGGGGCUGCAGCCGCCGCCCGGUCGGCCCGCGGAGGGACCCAUGGGUCCGAAGAUCAGCGACAAUACCGCGGGCAAGAAGGCGCAGAACCGCACCUGGCCCGACCUGCUCAAGGACGAGCACGACAUGGCGCUGUUCGAGCACUACGGCACCUGCGAGCUGCUGCUGCUGGAGGUGGGCAGCGGGCGGAGCAGCUGCAUCGGGCCGCCCAGGAUGUACAUCGAUGUGGACCCCUCCCCCGACGGCCGCUUCCUGCUGGUCACAUGGCUGGAGCGGCCCUUCAGUACGGCGGUGCCCUGCGGCCGCUUCCCCCGCCGUACGCAGCUGUGGCGGCGGGACGGAUCGCUGGUCCGCGAGCUGGCCGCCCUCCCCCUGGCCGAGCACAUCCCCAUCGCCUUCAACAGCUGCCGAGCGGGGCCGCGGGGGAUCAGCUGGCGGGACGAUGUGCCUGCUGAGCUCUACUGGAUGGAGGCGCAGGACGGCGGGGACCCCGAGCUGCAGGUCCCCCCCCGCGACCUGGUCUUCGCACUCACCGCUGACGCCGCGGCUGCCGGCGAGGCGCCCCGCCGCAUUGGCGCCACCGACCUGCGCUGCGGCGGAGUGGCCUGGUGUGAUGGGGAGCUGGCCAUCCUGUUCGAGUCGUGGUACAAGAGCCGGCGGAGCGUGUGGUGGGGCUUCGCACCGGACCGCCCGGAGGAGCCCAAGAGGGUCAUCUUUGACAGGAACUACGAGGACGUGUACGGCGACCCCGGGUCGCCCCUCUCCCGCCGCACCCAGUGGGGCACCUACACCCUCGCCCGUGUCACUCCCGACCCCACCACCCUGGCAGCGCUGCGGCAGGCGGCUGAGGCUGCGGGAGCGGAGGGGGCAGCGGAGGCAGCCGCCGCCUCCGUUCCUGCUGCCGACACCUCCAGCAGCAGCAGCGACAGUAGCGCUGCCCAGCCUGCAAGUAGCAGCAGCAGCAGCGGCAGUAGCGGCAAGCCUGUGACGCUGUCGGGUCUUGCCUCGGGCGAGGGCACCUGGCUGCUGAUGUCGGGCAGUGGGGCGGGUCCGGAGGGCAACAAGCCCUUCCUGGACCUGCUGCACCUGGAGUCGGGUGAGACGCACCGCCUGUGGCAGAGCGCCCCGCCGCACUACGAGGCCAUGGGCUCCCUCAUGAGCGACACCGACCCAGAGGCGCCGCUGACGGUGGAGGGCAUGGUGCUCUCCAUGAGCCGGGAAAGCGCCUCCGACCCGCCACAAACCCUCCUCCGCACCUUCCGCGCCGCGGGGCGGGACUGCGAGGAGCGGCUCGUCACCGCCUUCCCGCACCCCUACCCCCACCUGCGGGAGCUGCGGAGGGAGGUGCUGCGAUACCCGCGCGCCUCCGACGGCGUCAUGCUGACCGCCACGCUGUACCUGCCGCCGGGAUACGACCAAGCGACCCAUGGGUCGCUGCCCUGCAUUGUAUGGGCCUAUCCUCGCGAGUUCAAGACCAAGGAGGCUGCAGGCCAGAUGCGCCGCUCGCCGCACCAGUUCACCUCCAUCGGCUCCACCUCGCCCACCCUGUGGCUCACGCGCGGGUUUGCAGUGCUGGACGGCCCCACGCUGCCCAUCGUGGCGGAUGAGAAGGAGGGCGAGGGUGAGGGCGGGAAGGCUCCGGAGCCCAACGAUACCUUCGUGGAGCAGCUCACAGAUAGCGCCCGCGCCGCGGUGAAUGAGGUUGUACGGCGGGGUGUGGCGGAUCCCGCUCGGAUCUCGGUGGGGGGCCAUUCGUACGGCGCCUUCAUGACGGCCAACCUGAUCGCGCAUGCGCCCGACCUCUUCGCAGCAGGUAUUGCUCGCACGGGCGCCUACAACCGCACCCUGACGCCCUUCGGCUUCCAGAACGAGGAGCGCACGUUGUGGCAGGCGCCCGAGGUGUACAGCCGCAUGUCGCCGUUCAUGAUGGCUGACAAGAUCAGCAAGCCGCUGCUGCUCAUCCACGGCGAGGACGACAACAACCCCGGGACCUUCCCGCUGCAGAGCGAGCGCUUUUACCAGGCGCUCAAGGGCCACGGCGCCACCUGCCGCCUGGUGCUCCUGCCGCAUGAGGGGCACGGGUACCGCGCUUAUGAGUCCGUCAUGCACACGCUGUACGAGCAGGACCAGUGGAUCGAGAGGUACGCUGGCUAUGGGCGCUUGGAUCCGAACUACGUUACAGACGACACG